AACCCCCUCUCCAGCGACAACGCCUCGUCCCUGUGCAGCACCGUGGAUUACAAGCCCCCGUUGCCGGUGGAGGAGGAGGUGGCAGAAGAGGCUGAGGACAGCAACGAGCCUGAGGAGUGCUUCACCGAAGGCUGCGUGAAGAGGUUUCCCUGCCUCUACGUGGACAUCACCAGCGACAGAGGGAAGGUGUGGUGGAACAUCCGGAAAACCUGCUUCCGCAUCGUGGAGCACGACUGGUUCGAGACCUUCAUCGUCUUCAUGAUCCUGCUCAGCAGCGGGGCGCUGGCUUUUGAGGACAUCUACAUCGAACAACGGAAGGUGAUACGCACCAUCCUGGAGUACGCCGACAAGGUCUUCUCCUACGUCUUCGUCCUUGAGAUGUUGCUCAAGUGGGUGGCCUACGGCUUCAAGGUGUACUUCACCAAUGCGUGGUGCUGGCUGGAUUUCCUCAUCGUCGAUGUUUCCCUUGUCAGCCUGACAGCGAACUGGCUGGGAUACUCAGAGCUGGGAGCCAUCAAGUCCCUGCGGACGCUGAGGGCUCUGAGACCACUGCGUGCCCUCUCCAGAUUUGAAGGCAUGAGGGUGGUGGUGAACGCCUUGCUGGGCGCCAUCCCCUCCAUCAUGAACGUCCUGCUGGUCUGCCUCAUCUUCUGGCUGAUAUUCAGCAUCAUGGGGGUGAACCUCUUUGCGGGGAAAUACUACCGAUGCGUCAACACCACCACGGGGGAACUCUUCGACAUCAGUGUGGUGAACAACAAGAGCGACUGCAUGGCCCUGCUCCACACCAACGAGGUCAGAUGGGUCAACGUCAAGGUCAACUUCGACAACGUGGGCUUGGGAUACCUCUCCUUGCUGCAGGUGGCGACCUUCAAAGGCUGGAUGGACAUCAUGUACGCUGCCGUGGACUCGCGCGAGAUUGAAGAGCAGCCAGUGUACGAGAUCAACCUCUACAUGUACAUCUACUUCGUCAUCUUCAUCAUCUUCGGUGCCUUCUUCACCCUGAACCUCUUCAUCGGCGUCAUCAUCGACAACUUUAACCAGCAGAAGAAAAAGUUUGGAGGCAAAGACAUCUUCAUGACAGAAGAGCAGAAGAAAUAUUAUAAUGCCAUGAAGAAGCUCGGCUCCAAGAAACCCCAGAAGCCCAUCCCCAGGCCAUCGAACAAGUUUCAAGGGAUGGUGUUUGACUUUGUUACCAAGCAAGUGUUUGACAUAACCAUCAUGAUCCUGAUUUGUCUUAACAUGGUGACCAUGAUGGUCGAAACAGAUGAUCAAAGUGAACUCAAAACAUCUGUCCUCUACAAGAUCAACCUGGUCUUCAUCGUCAUCUUCACCGGAGAAUGCGUGCUCAAAAUGUUCGCCUUGCGCUACUACUACUUCACUAUCGGCUGGAACAUCUUUGACUUUGUGGUGGUCAUCCUCUCCAUCUUAGGUAUCGUCCUCUCAGACAUCAUAGAGAAGUACUUCGUGUCACCCACCCUCUUCAGGGUCAUUAGGCUGGCGAGGAUUGGCCGUGUCCUCCGGCUGAUCCGAGGGGCCAAAGGCAUCCGGACUCUCCUGUUUGCUCUGAUGAUGUCCCUGCCUGCCCUCUUCAACAUCGGCCUCCUGCUUUUCCUCGUCAUGUUCAUCUACUCCAUCUUCGGGAUGUCCAACUUCGCCUACGUAAAGAAAGAGGCAGGAAUCGAUGACAUCUUCAACUUUGAAACUUUUGGGAACAGCAUCAUCUGCCUCUUCCAGAUCACCACGUCAGCUGGGUGGGAUGGGCUCCUCAGCCCCAUCCUGAACAGUGGUCCCCCCGACUGUGACCCCGAGCUGGAAAACCCUGGCAGCUCAGUAAAAGGAGACUGUGGCAACCCAUCCAUCGGCAUCUUCUUCUUCUGCAGCUACAUCAUCAUCUCCUUCCUCAUCGUGGUGAACAUGUAUAUCGCCAUCAUCCUGGAGAACUUCAACGUGGCCACAGAGGAGAGCAGUGAACCCCUCUGUGAAGAUGAUUUUGAAAUGUUUUAUGAAACCUGGGAGAAGUUUGACCCGGACGCCACCCAGUUCAUUGCCUACAGCACCUUGUCUGACUUUGUGGACACCUUACAGGAGCCGCUCAAGAUUCCCAAGCCGAACAAGAUCAAACUAAUCACCAUGGAUCUACCAAUGGUUGCUGGGGACAAAAUCCACUGUCUGGAUAUCCUCUUUGCCCUGACUAAGGAGGUGCUUGGAGACUCGGGAGAGAUGGAUGCCCUGAAGGCCACCAUGGAGGAGAAGUUCAUGGCUGCAAACCCCUCCAAGGUUUCCUAUGAACCCAUCACCACCACUCUGAAAAGGAAACACGAGGAAGUCUGCGCUACAAAAAUCCAGAGGGCUUUCCGGAGGUACCUCCUGCGGCGGUCCGUGAAGCAGGCAUCCUACAUGUACCGGCACAGUAAGGACGAGGAUGCCCUGAGAGAGGACGAGCCCGAGAAGGAAGGUCUGAUUGCCACCAAAAUGCACGAGAUUUAUGGGAACAGUGGGACAGAUGCGGGGACAGCCCCUGCCUUUGGGCUCGCACCCGUUCCCAGCUCAGAGACUCGAGAUGCUCCUGGCGAAGCGAAAGCGUGGGAUAAGGGACGUGUUGUGAAAGAGUCGCUGGUAUAA